AUGGAACAAUUCGUCCUAUUCGGAGAUUCCAUCACACAGCAGUCUGCCAGCCAGGCUUUGGGCUUCGCUUGGACACCAGCACUGCAAGAUGCAUACAUUCGUCGUCUUGAUGUGAUCAACAGGGGCUUCAGUGGAUACAACACCUCGCAGGCCUUGAGCGUCCUACCCCGUAUUCUCCCAACUCCUGAGCAGGGUCGUAUUCGUUUGAUGACCAUCUUCCUCGGCGCCAAUGAUGCCCGGCUACCUAACACUCCAGGAGUCUCUCAGACUGUUGACCUCGAGCAGUACAAGAAGAACUUGACGGACAUCAUCAACCACCCUAAGCUGCAAGCACACAAGCCUCAACUCAUCUUACUCACACCGCCUCCAACCGACGAGAGGAAGACACUCGCGCACGACAAGACGAACGGCAUCAAUGUCCAAAGACGCACUGCUGCAAACACGGCAAAAUACGCCGAGGCAGUCCGCGAGCUUGGUCAGAAGUUCAAUCUUCCUGUGCUCGAUAUUUGGGCAGCUUUUAUGAAGCAUGCUGGUUGGAAAGAGGGUGAAGCUUUGCCUGGUUCAAGCGACAUUGAGCAGAACAAGACACUUGCAGAUAUGCUGCAUGACGGUCUUCAUCUGAAUCCCGAAGGAUACGAGAUCAUCUACAAGGAACUGAUGAAAAUGAUUCAAGAGAAGCUGCCCGAGCAUGCUCCUGACAAUCUCCCAUAUGUGCUUCCCUCUUGGGAUGAUGCUGAGGCUUGGAGACAGUAG